AUGAGGAAGAAAACCAUUGCAAAAAGGGCUCCUCGAGAGAAGGUUUUCAAGCUACCCACAAAGCCAUCCACUCGCUCUCAAGACCACACCUUUACCCCUUCUCCUUCUCCUCCUACCUCUCCUCAUCGCUGUGACCCCAUGGCUCGGACCAAAAAUACUCCAAGGUUUCCUGCCUCUGCCAAGCCGACGCCACCACCAAAGGCCACACCUUCCAAGCCUGGCUCCUCAAAACCAAGUUCAGCAAAGCCUGGCUCCUCCAAAGGCAAACGUCAGGCGACUGAGGAACCCAUACCCGAAUCAUCUCAACCAAAAUCCAGACCAAAUGUUAAUAGCCCAAAUGGAAUAAAAGGCAUUCAGCAAAGAAUAUUGGGCUGA